AUGUCAGAUGUCUACUUGGCUAGCAACAUCCUCCUCUUUCCCCACGAAAUCUUACAUGAAACCCUGCUGAGAUCGACCAGCAAAUCCGUAGCGAGAUGCAGCGCAGUGUGCAAAUCAUGGAACUCUCUCGUCAACUCCUUCAUUCGCCACCCCCACACUCGCUUCCCAUCCAAUCACCACGACGACGACAACGACGUUCAGCUCCUUUUCCUGCAGGUUUACGAACCCUACAAGAUCCACGUCAAAAGAAGAGUGCAUUACGUGUUGCAUCGAGAUGACUCUGCAUGUGAUGAGCAUACCAAGCUUAUGAGCCCGUUCGUAGCUUACAACAACACCCGCACUUGCCCAGAGGAAAAAAAAGUUUUAGAUGGGGAUGUGGAUGUGGUUGGAACUUGUAACGGGCUCGUAUGCAUGGUUCGUCAUGAUGAUGAUGAUGGUGGCAUUGACUUUGCUGCAAUCAUUUGGAACCCCUAUAUUAGAAAGUUGGUGGUUUUACCUAAGCCGGGCCUUGCCGUGGCCAAAAAUAUUCGAGGAAUAAGAUAUGCCUUUGGUUAUGAUUCUUGCACCAACGACUAUAAGCCACAGGCUCCUGGAAGUCUUAUUGCUGCUGAAGAUGAUGAUAUUAUCCCUGCCAACUUUUAUCCCGAGCUCUUCACUAGAUCACGUGUUGUGUGUGUCAAUGGAGCUCUGCAUUGGCUCCAAACUCAUCGCCACCUGAACGGCGUCUCGGAGCUCUCAGAGUAUUUGGUUGCGUGGUUUGAUAUGGCAAAGGAGAUAUUUGGUGAGACAAUGAUCUGGGUGUUGAAAGAGUAUGGUGUGGCGGCGUCUUGGGCUAAGUUAUUUACUGUGCAGCUGCAAAAUGUUUUUGUGUUGGCGCCACUUAGUCUUAAAAAUAGCAGCGUGCUUGGUUUCAGAAAGAAUGGUGAAGUGGUGCUUCGUGAUGUUGGUGAUGGUGUUCGAUUGCUGGACCCUGAGUCUGAACAAGUUAGUGAUUUUCUAAUAGAUGGGAGCUGCUGUUGCUUGAACUUUGUGGAUUCUUUUGUGGGGAGCUUUGUCUUGUAUUGCCAACCCAAUGCUAUUUCAUACUAG